AUGUCGCUCCCCAGCGACACUCGUGGCACCGCGACUGCUGCUAACGGCGGUUCCGAUGGGAGCGAGAUGGCCGUCGGAUUCGUUGGCUUGGGUGCGAUGGGUGGUGGCAUGGCGGCCGCUCUGGUGAAGCGAGGCUUUGCUGUGAAGGGAUUCGAUGUGAGUGGCUUGAAAGGCUAUGAUGCGAUGGGCCUCAAGGGAUUUGAUCUCGUAUCCACUUUCAGUUCCAUCCUUCGCCUCCGCCUUCACGUUCCAAUCUGUCCCGCGUUCCCUCCUCUUCCGCCACCUCCUCGUCUCACCCAUCUCCAUCAUUCCCGCGUCUCCUCCUUCCCCAUCCUCCUCCUCCCCGCGUCUCCGCUUCCUCGCGUCUCCUUUUCCCCGCGUCUCCUCUUCCCCGCGUCUCCUCUCUGUGCUCUGCUCGUCCCACGACUAUCCUUCCUGGGACGCCUUCUUUGGAACCGCCCCGCUCUUUGCCUUACUCAACUCCCCGUCCCCCCUCGCUCCUCUGCUUUCCUUGUUCUUGUUUGGCCCACGCUCUCACCACAGGUGUACCCCCCGGCAUGCGAGAAGCUCAAAUCUGCGGGUGGUGCUGCUGCCGCCUCCGCAGCCGAUGCUGCUAAGGGAGCCGUGGUGCUGGUGCUGAUGGUGACCACGGCCAAGCAGGCCGAGGGGGCUCUGUUCGGCGAUGAGGGAGCACUGCAGGCUCUCCCUCCCGGUGCCGUCGUCAUUCUCUGCUCCACUGUUCCGCCUGAAUUUGCACGCAGCCUUGGCACCAAGCUCUCAGCACAGGGCAAGGGGUGGGAGAUGGUGGAUGCGCCGGUGUCAGGAGGGGUGGCACGUGCUGUGGACGGCACCCUCACUAUUAUGGCCGCAGCGACACCUGCUGCUCUCGCCAAGGCACGCCCAGUGCUGGAAGCCAUGAGUGCAAAGCUGUACAUCGUGGGAGACACACCGGGCGCAGGCAGCGCGGUGAAGAUGGUGAAUCAGCUGCUGGCAGGGGUGCACAUAGCGGCAGCAGCGGAGGCGAUGGCACUGGGGGCGAGGGCAGGGCUGAACGCGCGCAUGGUGUUUGAUAUCAUCUCACACGCCGCUGGCAACUCAUGGAUGUUUGAGAACCGAGUGCCGCACAUGCUGGACAACGACUACACGCCUCGCUCCGCCCUCAACAUCUUUGUCAAGGACCUGGGCAUUGUGUUGGGUGAGGCACAGUCGCUCGCGUUCCCUCUGCCCCUGGCAGCAGCAGCACACCAGCAGUUCCUGGCGGGUGCAGCAGCAGGGCUGGGCAGGGAGGACGAUGCUGCCGUGGUCAAGGUCUAUGAGCGCCUGGCAGGAGUAACAGUCGCCUCCGCCCUCCCCUCCACCUCAUCUCCCCCUUCCACCUCCUCCUCUGCUCCGUUCCCGGAGCCCACCGUCCAAUCAAAAGCCGCCAUGCUGGCAGCGCUGCCGCCCGAGUGGACGGGCAGCUUGGAAGUGACAAGGGGGGGCGCAGAGGGCAAGGAGGGAGGACAGGGAGAGGCGGUUCUGCCAGUGGUGGUGGUGUUGGAUGAUGACCCCACUGGCACUCAAACGGUGCAUGGGCUGCAUGUGCUCACCACGUGGGACGUGGAAACACUCAAGGCGGAAAUGGCAGCACUGGCGCACACCCCCAAUGCCGCCUUCUUCAUUCUCACCAACUCCCGCGCACUGCCCACGCAGCAGGCAGCAGCUCUCACGCGCACCAUCUGCAGCAAUGUCGUGACAGCAGCCCAGCAAGCAGGGAUCCUCAGCAGCAGCAGUGGUGGCAAGGAUCCGGGUUGCAGGGGCAUCACACUCAUUCUCCGAGGGGACUCCACCCUGCGAGGUCACUUCCCCCAGGAGGUAGAGGCAGCGGAGGCAGCGCUAGGCACAGCAGUGGAUGCGUGGGUGGUGUGUCCUUUCUUCCUGGAGGGGGGCCGCUACACCAUCAAUGACGUGCACUAUGUGGCCGAUGGGGCUGACAGGCUGGUGCCGGCAGCACAGACAGAGUUUGCCAAGGAUGCUGCCUUUGGCUACUCCCGCUCCAACCUCAAACAGUGGGUCGAGGAGAAGACAGGUGGCGCCAGGUCAGCAGCUGAUGUGGCAUCCAUCUCCAUCGAGACCAUUAGAGGGGGCGGCCCUUCCGCCGUCCUUAAAGCCCUCAUGGCGCUACCUAAGGGCAGUGUGUGCAUCUUGAAUGCAGCGAGUGACAGUGACUUGCACGUGGCUACAGCAGCUCUCCGCCACGCAGAGGCAGCAGGGCGCUCCUUCCUCGUGCGCUGUGCCGCUUCCUUCGUCUCCUCCCUCCUCUCCCUCCCCAAGCUGCCCCCGCUUGGUCCCCCUGAGUGGGCGCAGCUGCUGCUGGGGGGAGGAGGAGGAGGGGAGUGUGGGGGGGAAGGGGAGAAGGGAGGGGAGGGGGAGUGGGGGCGGAAGUUGAAGCGGUGGGGCUGGUUGCGGAGCAGUACCAGGGGUUUGAUUGUGGUGGGGUCGUAUGUGCCAAAGACGAGUGCUCAGCUGGAGGAGCUGCUCUCUCGCCUUGGCCCAUCGCUGCACGUGAUUCAGGUCAGCGCUGCUGACGUGGCGUCUGACAGCUGGCAGGGGGAGAGGAGGCAAGCGACGGUGGCAGGGAUGGCAGGGGAUGCGGAGAAGGCUCUACAGGAAGGCAGAGACGUUGUCAUCAUGACGUCACGAGAGCUCAUCACUGGUUCAGACGCGGCCAGCAGUCUGGAGAUCGGGUCGAGAGUGAGCGAGGCGGUGGUCGAUGUUGUCAAGGCAAUCGGUGUGCGCCCCAAGUACAUUCUCGCUAAGGGUGGCAUCACAUCAUCCGAUGUGGCAACCAAGGCACUGGGCGUGAGGAGGGCGAGCGUGGAGGGGCAGGCCAUGGCAGGCGUGCCGCUGUGGCGCCUCGAUGAUGCCUCCAGGUUCCCAGACCUGCCCUACAUCGUCUUUCCAGGCAACGUGGGGUCAUCCUCCUCUCUUGCCAACGUGGUACAGCGCUGGCGCCAGCCCAUCACCCCGCCCCUGCUGACAACGCUAGACCUAGUGCGCGCAGCAGCAGAGGGCGGGUACGCGGUGGGCGCGUUCAACGUGUAUAACCUGGAAGGGGUACGGGCCGUGGUGAAGGGAGCAGAAGAAGAGAGGAGUCCGGCCAUCAUCCAGCUGCAUCCCUCGGCCAUCCAUCACGGGGGGGAACCCCUCAUGGCAGCAUGCAAAUCAGCGGCCAUGGCUGCACGCGUGCCCAUCGCCCUGCACCUCGACCAUGGCACGGACGUGGGCCUUAUUCAGCGAUGUGUGGAACAGGGGUGGUGCCGGUCCAUCAUGGCAGACGGCUCUCACCUGCCCGUGGCUGACAAUAUCGCCUUCACUCAACGAGUUGUGGCUGCCCUCGCUGCCCUCACCACUCCAGCAGCCGUAGAUGCACCGGGGCCGGCGAGAGCAAUGGGCAGUGGGGGAGGGGCGGUGGUGGUGGAGGCGGAGGUGGGGCGGAUAGCGGGGGUGGAGGAUGGGGAGACAGUUGAGGAGAUUGCAGGGAGACUCACCCAAGUGGAGCAGGCCGAGACUUUCCUUCAAAGCGUUCCCCAGGUGUCUCUCCUCGCGGUGUGUGUGGGCAACCGGCACGGCCCCUACCCACCCUCCCUCCUCUCCACCCCCGCCUCUAUCCUCAACCUCCCCCUCCUCCGCUCCCUCGCCGCCACCGCCUCCCACCACCACGCCCACCUGGUGCUGCAUGGGGCCUCGGGAUUGCCGCCAGAGAUUGUACAGGAGUGCGUACAGUGCGGCGUGCGCAAGUUCAAUGUUAAUACCGAGUUGAGGGCUGCUUAUAUGGAGGCACUGGGAGGGGGAGGGAGGGAUUUGGUGGAUGUGAUGGGAGAGGCGGAAAGGAGGAUGAUAGAUGUGGUGCGAGGGAAGCUGAAGAUGUUUGGGUCGGCUGGUCGCGUGUGA